GAUGAUGAUGAUGAUGAUGAUGAUGAUGAUGAUGAUGAUGAUGAUGAUUGAAGGAGUUUUCACUCCUCCAGUUUUUCUGAUUCUAUCUAUUUCAUUCAUUCUCGACAAUCAACUCAACAUGAACAGUUAACAACAAUUCAGAUAAUAACAACAGUCUAACUCUAUCAUAAUCAACCAUCAAAACAACAGUUAAGUUUUCUGAUUGUUAAUCAAUGUGAUAAACGAGUCAAAUUAAUUUUUAUUUACCAACUUUAAUUAACUUUUAUUUUCAAUCAAAUCGACGAUCAAAUUAUAAUCUUCAUUCCAUUUUAGUUUUGGUCAACAAUUUAAGCCCAAUCAGCUGAGUAUCAUUUUAUUUGCAUGUAAUAAUAAUGAAUUUGUUUACCUCCAAUUGUGAAAAUUUCAGUCAAUCGUCAUCGAUACCCUAUUUAUCAGCAGUGUGGAUUAGCUGGUUAACCAUAACUGGAUUUUUAUUAAUUCCUGGUAUUGGUGGACAUUUAAAUACUACUAAUUAUGAGAAACCAAUUGUGAUUGUCACAAGUAAACCGUUAAUUGUUAAAGGUCCUUACAUUGAAAAUUGUAAAACUUUACGAUUUGAAGCUCAUAUUUUCCCAUUACCAUGUAAAAAGUAUAAUGUUAAAUGUGGAAACGAUAAGAAUCAAUUUAAUUGUGAUUCAUUUAAAGUGAAACAUAAAAAAAAUUGUGACAAAAUUAAAUUAUCCAAACCUAAUUUGUAUUUAAAACUUUGCUCAAACAAUCAAUUAGUUCAACAAUGACAAUUUACCAACAUGUAAACACUUUAAAUCAUUUCAACUAUUUAUCCUGAAAUUAUUUGUUAAUUAACUUUUCAUUCUUUAUUCUUGUUAUCUUAAUUACAACCCAACUGGUUCAAUUCCUAUUUCCUAUUGUAAGUUAUUGGCUAAAAUUUUUGUUACAAUUAAAAAAGUUUAACGAAAAAUAAUUCGAUGAGAAAAAUUUUCUCAUCUUGGAAAACAUUUCUUACAUUUGUUAUGUUCUAAUUGUUCAUUGAUUCGGU